AUGAGCUCGGGGUCGGAGCCGGGGCAAGGGCCGGGGCAGGAGCCGGGGCCAGGGCUGAUUCCGGCGCCGCUUCCCCUGCCGGGGCCACUGCCGGGGACAGGGAUGGGGCCCGUGGUCGACCCCGGGCCGGAGCUGCCCUUCCUCCCCGGCUGCGCCAUCAAGGACCCGACGAAAACAUCUUUUCAUCGGUCUCAGACACUGGACUUCAAAAAUGGAUAUGCCUUUUCCAGGCUGCCAAGGGAGGGGAUUGGCGGGGACACACUCUUUGCAAAUCAGCUCUCUCAAGAUGAAUUAGAUGAUUUAUGCACCAAGAGAAMCACGCUGACCUAUGGGCAAGUCAAGAGGUCUGCACCUUCCCGCUUCACUCCAGCAUUCGUGGAGUAUGACAAAAAGGUUUUGAAGUUUGAUGCCUACUUCAUGGAGGAAGUUUCUAUCUCUCCAGUGGAGAAUUACCGGAUCCGCCACGUGGGCAUCUACUACUACCUGGAGGAUGACAGCAUGUGUAUYAUCGAGCCUGUGGUGAAGAACUCAGGUCUGGUUCAAGGCAAACUCAUGAAACGCCACCGGGUGCCCAAAAACGAUCAGGGCGAUUUUUACCACUGGAAGGAUCUGAACCUGGGCAUUGACCUCCACAUAUACGGCCGGACCUACCGCCUGGUCAACUGUGAUGCCUUCACCAAGGUGUUCCUGGAGAGCCAAGGAAUUGUAGUGAACCCUGAAGAGGAAAUGGUUUUGGAUCCUUACACAGAACAGCACCGAACACCAGUGCAAAAACCCAUGGUGCCUGCAAGUCCUGACCCCUUCAGGCAGUUUCUGGCCUAUGACACAAAGGUGCUUCGCUUCUAUGCCAUAUGGGAUGACACCAACUGUCCCUUUGGUGAUCACCAUCCUUGCAUCAUCCAUUACUUCUUGGCAGAUGACACAGUGGAGGUUCGGGAGGUUCACAGGAGAAAUGAUGGGAGAGACCCAUUCCCGAUACUGAUGAAACGCCAACGCUUGCCCAAAGUCUUUGAGGACAAGAACAAGAACUUCCCAAGCUGUGUGCUGGAAAUCACUGACCACGAGGUAAAAGAGUGGUACUCACCUAAAGAUUUUGGUAUUGGCAAAACUCUCACCCUCCUUGGACGAACCUUCUUAAUCUACGAUUGUGACAAGUUCACACAGGACUUCUAUCGUGAAAAAUAUGGUGUCACAGACUUCCAGCCACUGGAUGUACAUAAGAAACCAGCUAAAAAAGUUGUACAGGUAAUUCCUCCCCAUAAUGGUUUUGGCGUCCCUGAAGACUCUCUCCAGAACUGCCUUAGUCUGGUUCCAAAGCCUCCACGCAAAAAUAUUAUUAAGAUGCUGGAGAAUAACCUCAAAGUCCUCCGGUACCAGAUGGCCYUGGAAUCACCAGUGCCUGAGGACAAAAAUCGUAUUUUCAUCCUUUCUUAUUUCCUCUCCGAUGACACMGUCAGCAUUUUUGAGCCCCCAGUCAGAAACUCUGGCAUCCGUGGAGGCAAAUACUUAAAAAGGACCAAAGUUACCAAGCCAGGGUCCACUCCAGAGAAUCCCAUAUACUAUGAGCCCUCUGACUUCACCAUCGGUUCUACAAUUGAAGUUUUUGGCCACAGGUUUGUCAUCACUGAUGCUGAUACAUUUGUGCUUAAUUAUUUGGAGAACCAUGCAGAGAAUUUCCCUGCAGCAACACUGCAAUCCAUAAGGGAUCAUUUGCGCCCACAGAAGGUGGAAGUGGAGACUGUCAGCAGUGGYGUCCCCAAGAAGGACCUGGAUGAUUUAAUUGUGGAGGUUCAGAAAGAGCUGAAGCUCCAGGAGCCCUUCAACACCAGGAAGUUUCAUGAGGCAUUUCAUCAUUUUGACAAGGAGGGCUCUGGCUUCCUGGAUCAAACAACAUUUUUAAACAUUUGUGACAGGUUCCAUGUGCCGACCAGCACCAUUCUUCUUAAAAAGCUGAUUGAUUACUGUUCCUGUGAAGAAGACAAGGUGAACUACCGUGACUUCCUUUUGGCUUUCCCAAGUAAUCUUUUCCCAGAAGCCGAACRACAGCAAUUGAAUUCUCUGGUGACUUGAAGACACUGUACUACAAAAAAGGAUGUUCUGGUUUUUCACCCUUGCUUCACUCUCACCCCCUCAGCUGAUUCCACCCUCACUUUUAACUUUUUUCCCUUCCGAACUUCUCCCUGCCCUUUUAGCUACCACCAAACUCAACCUCACAACUGCUGGAUGUUGAAAUGAAACUCAAAGAAGAAAAAAAUUUUCAGAGAACAAAAGUCAGGCCCUUCUGUAGUUUUCAUAACCUUUUAGUGCAGUACUUUAGAGAGCUAAAGCUCUCUGGAACUUUCCACUCCAGGCUUCUCACAGAUGGGCUUUUCACAUUCAAGUAGUGAUGACUGCCAGUUUUGUUAUCAAAAUUUCAAUAAA